AUGAUUCUCUUUGCCUCUGACCUCCGCUCCAUCCCUGUGUCCGCAGUGAACGUCGUGGAGGCGCUCCAGGAGUUCUGGCAGAUGAAGCAGUCGCGCGGAGCCGACCUGAAGAACGGGGCGCUCGUGGUGUACGAGAUGGUGCCGUCCAACAGCCCUCCCUACGUCUGCUACGUCACCUUGCCGGGCGGCAGCUGCUUCGGGAGCUUCCAGUUCUGCCCAACCAAGGCUGAAGCCCGUCGCAGCGCCGCCAAGAUCGCGCUGAUGAACUCGGUCUUCAACGAGCAUCCGUCGCGGAGGAUCACGGACGAGUUCAUCGAGAAGAGCGUUUCAGAGGCCCUGGCCUCCUUCAACGGCAAUCGAGAGGAAGCCGAUAAUCCCAACACGGGGAUUGGCGCCUUCCGCUUCAUGCUGGAAUCCAACAAGGGCAAGUCAAUGCUGGAGUUCCAGGGGCGCGUGCCGGCGCGGCCGUCCCGGGGUCUCCGCGCGGUCCCGGAGGUGCUGGCUCACUACUCCCACCGCGCCCUGGACGACGACAUCCGGAACCAGAUGGCCAUGGACUGGGUCAACCGGGAGCAGAGCAGCCCGGGGGCCCUGUCCCGAGAGCUGGCGUCCACGGAGAGGGAGCUGGAUGAAGCCCGCCUGGCCGGGAAGGAGCUGCGCUUCCAUAAGGAGAAGAAGGACAUCCUGAUGCUGGCGGCCGGACAGCCGGGGAGCCUGCACCCCAACUGCUAG